AGCUGCAGCUUGCAGUUGCAGAAAUUAGACAUCCCCAAGAGGCGGGAAAACAAAAAAAGCCAGAACAGAGAUGAAGGAGAGUGCCGGCAAAGUCGGAGGAGGGCUGCCGUCGGUCGACGCACGCUACACACAGUGGAAGUAUCUCGUCCCCAUUCUCUACGACUGGCUCGCCAACCACAACCUUCUUUGGCCGUCUCUUUCUUGCCGAUGGGGGCCACAGAUAGAGCAAGCUACAUACAAGAAUCGCCAACGACUGUACCUCUCAGAACAGACAGAUGGUAGUGUUCCAAACACACUUGUGAUAGCAAAUUGUGAAAUUGUCAAACCUAGAGUAGCAGCAGCAGAACACAUAUCACAGUUCCAUGAAGAAGCACGAUCACCCUAUGUUAAGAAGUUCAAAACCAUCAUACAUCCCGGAGAGGUCAAUCGCAUCAGGGAGCUUCCUCAGAACAUGAAUAUAGUAGCCACACACACAGACAGUCCUGAUGUUCUUAUCUGGGAUGUUGAAGCUCAGCCUAAUCGCCAUGCUGUUUUGGGAGCUACAGAGUCUCGUCCUGAUUUGAUUUUGACAGGUCAUCAAGAAAAUGCAGAAUUUGCUCUUGACAUGUGCCGAAGUGCACCCUUUGUACUUUCUGGAGGUAAGGAUAAGUCAGUUGUGUUGUGGAGUAUUCAUGAUCAUAUUUCUACUUUGGCAACAAAGACUGGUGGGACCAAUGAUAAACCUAGUGAAAGCCCUGUUAUUCAAGCAAGAGGUGUGUUUCAAGGGCAUGAGGACACUGUUGAAGAUGUACAAUUCUGCCCCUCUAGUGAACAAGAGUUCUGUAGUGUUGGUGAUGAUUCUUGUCUUAUACUAUGGGAUGCAAGAACAGGUUCUUCUCCAGUUGUAAAGGUUGAGAAAGCACACAAUGCUGAUCUUCAUUGUGUUGAUUGGAACCCCAUUGAUGAAAACCUUAUACUCACUGGGUCUGCUGAUAACACUAUUCGGUUGUUUGAUCGAAGAAAUCUGACUAAUAAUGGGGUUGGAUCACCCAUCCACAUAUUCCAAAAUCACACUGCUGCUGUUCUUUGUGUACAGUGGUCCCCGGACAAAUCAUCCGUGUUUGGCAGUUCAGCAGAAGAUGGAGUGUUGAACAUCUGGGAUCAUAAUAAGAUUGGCGAACGUUCUGGUGAAGCCUCAAAAGGUUUAUUAUUCCGCCAUUCUGGGCACAGGGACAAAGUAGUUGAUUUUCACUGGAACGCUCAUGAUCCAUGGACAAUCGUUAGCGUAUCUGAUGAUGAUGAAACUACUGGUGGCGGUGGAACCCUACAGAUAUGGCGGAUGAUUGAUUUAAUCUAUCGUCCUCAGCAGGAGGUGAUCACGGAGUUGGAUAAAUUCCGAUCUCACAUUCUCACUUGCUCUUCACAGUCACACCAGGAUUUGACUAAUCAGAACUCAUAAGAUCAAAUAUGUGUAUGAAUCAAUUAUUAUGAACCAUUCACCCUUGGAUUAUUUAUAUAUUCAGGCAUAAAGACUCUUUUUAACU